AUGUCUAGUCAAGUGAUGAAUGGAAGCCGAGUGUGCAGCAGCAAUCCAGGCGUCAGUAUUGUCGGUUAUACAACUCGUAGUCCUGUGACGUGUGUGGGCAAUGUGCGUACAUAUCGAUGCUACCAAACACAAGGCGCUGUUGUGACGCCAGAACCAUGGUAUCAUCAACUAUCGCAGACAUACACAACAGGCCGAAUAACAUCAAAUAUGGGUGCAUUAGUGCUGGAUGAACACCAAGUAAUUAAAAGUGAAGACCUACAAAAACGAGUAUCGAUCAAAUCCAUUCAACACGAAUGCGAGUUAACACGCGAGCAAAUAGACUAUGUUUUACAUGAAAUUUAUGGUAUGACCGAAAAAGACGUACGUGAAGCUUAUACAACAUUCAUGAAAAUCUGCUCGAAUGGAAAAAUGACCAGAGAAAUGUUUACCAAUGUUCUUCAAAAAACAUUUUCAGAAGGCAAUGCAAGUAGCUACUGCCGAUAUGCAUUUCAUCUAUUUGAUCGAGACAACGAUGGAACUUUAAGUUUUACGGAAUUUGCAUUGGCAAUGCAAAUCUAUACAUCGACUAGUUUGGAAGAUAGUCUUAAUCUCGUAUUCGAUAUAUUUGAUUACGACAAAUCUGGAACAAUCGACCAAAAAGAAAUACUUCAAAUGAUUAGUGCUACCAGUGAACUUUGUGGUAAAACAUAUACAAAGGAAGAAACACGAAAUUUUGCUACGGAAAUCUUUGAAGCCUGUGGUAAAGAACGAAAUACGAAAAUAACGAAAGAAGAAUUCGUGAAUUGCUGCAUAAAUAACGAGAAUUUCUGUCGACUCUUGGUACCGACUUACGAUACAGAUUCUGAUGACGAAAGUGAAAACGAUGACAAAGAUACAGAUGAUGAAGAUGAUACAAAAGUGAUGGCCUCUGCUGGACAAGCAUCAAAUGGAUCCGCUUCUUCGUCGCAACAAGUAUACAAAGCGUAUGCUACGUGUCAAUGGAGCAGUUCCUAA